AUGGGUUUGAAGCCUAUCCAAGAAGAUUUCCUGGGGUGUGGCCACUGCUCAUGCUAUAACUUCUUGGAGGCACAGGCAGGAGACCCCAACCUGGCCUUAAGUCACUGGGAGCCCUCUUCGAGCCUUGGGGGCAGGUGGUGCGUGGGCGCUCACAGUGACUGGGAGCACGUGGUUCGGGAGCCUGGAGCACGUGUGGGGGGGCCCACGGCAGCCAGUAGGGCUGCCCCUGGCCAGGAGCAGCGGGGCGCUGGAUCUCAGCGGGGAGCCCUCGCUCACGCCAGGCUGGCUCGGGUAGGGCGGUCAGCAGGGGCCCCGCGGGGGCGCCCGCCCCCAGAAGAGGUGUGGGGCCUCCCCCACCCUCGAGAGCCGGCGAGGCCUCUGUCUGGCCGUCGCCCCGCAGAGUUGUUCCAGAGGUGGGAAACUGAGGCUCCUCCUCCUCUGAGCCCCAGGCCUGCACCUGCCUCCUCGCGGCUCCUCCCGUCGCCCGAGGUAAUAGUGACGGCCCUUCCGGCCUUGAGCUCCGGGAUCUGGCAGGGCGAAUGCUCCCCGUGCUGGUGGAACGGGGGCGUUGAGGAGAAGGAGGCUAGGGGCAAUUGUGGUUGCCUAGCGACCCAGGCCCAGAAAAUCCCUCGGGAGCCGCCGCCGCCUCCGCGUCACAGGCCAGAAGUCACCUCCCCAGGCCCAUGGUUCUGCCCGGCGCCCUCGACCGCGCCGGGCUGCGGGGCGCACAUGUCCAUCUAUGACGACGCGGCCCCGUGCACCUCCGCACGCUGCUCCCCCAGGAUGGCCGAGGCGGGCGUGUGUUCCGGGGCCUUCCUAGUGCACCUGGAGGCGGCCGGCCCCAAGGCGGGCAGAGGAGCGGCCGAGGAAGUCGGGGACGGCGCGUGGGCCCGGAGCAGCGUGGGCCAGCCCCUUGUCGCCUUCGUGCUCUGCGCCCGUCCGGGCAGGAAGCGCCUUGAGGAGCCUCCAUCACCCCUAUCUCUCAAGCAGCCCCCUGCCCAGGGGCACCCACUUAGCCAGCCCCGGGCGUCGUUGUCGACCAAGUCCGAGGCAGGAUGCCAGUGUUUGAAUUUACCUCACUGGAAUUUGGAAUCUGAUGUCUUCACUCCUGAAAGUAAAAACCUCCCACCUGGAAGGGAGAGUGCAGCAGGUGGUAAGCUGAAAAAGAGUCAUUUGGAAAUUCCAGUAGAACAACUGAUAGAACUUAGUUUGUCAGAGAACUCACAGAAAAAAUCACAGAACAAUAGUAAACCAGGGAUGUUUCAAUUCUGGAGCUACCCUCAUAAUGAAGCAAUAACUAUGGAGAAUAGGGAUUUCCAGAAAUCUUCAACGGAAACUGGCUUUAAUGUAAAUAAUAAUCCUCUAAGGCUCUUCACUCUGAACCACUCACUAACAGGUGCUUCAGUUGACAAACAAACUGGUUCUUACCCUGGAUUGCGACAACAGAUGCCAUUAAGUCUCUGCUGGCCUUAUGCUGAUGGAGACUUUUGUAAAGAUAGAAGUGAGCCUCAGAGUAACUCUUAUUCAGCUAUAGAAAGCAACAAUGGUGAAAUUUUAUCUGCUUCAAAUUGGAAUACAAAAUAUGGGAACAGCAGCAAGGAAGAAAAUCUUACUGAUGAAAGUGAUUUAUCAGAAAAUGAAAAAGUAAAUGAUACAUUACUCACUUACUUUAAAAAAAUGGACCUGAACUUAAAGCCAGAAGUAAUAGAAGACUUUGAAGAAUCUUUCUUGGAACAGUCAAGUGAAGUAUUUUCAUAUCCUGAUUUUCUCCCUCCACCUUUUAAUACUCUAGACUUGCACAAACUGGCCUUCUCAAAAUCUGAAAAUUGGAAAGUGGCAUUAGAUCCUAUGGAAAGCUCCAUUGAGCAGUUGAUAGGUCGUUUAUUGGAGAUGGAAAGAAUACAACAUCUGACUAUACAAAAGGAGAGGCCAAAGAUACCAAUCAGCUGCUCUACUCAAGUCAUUACUGAACGGCCCAGUUCAUCCAAAGGCUCAUCCAAACAGAAGCCAUCAAGAUAUCCUGAAUCUCUGCCCCUUCAGACAGUAUGUGUAGAUAAAAGUAGAGAAAAAACAAAAAGCAACUCUAAUUCUUGCAAACUUGAGCAGAAUACUUCAAAAUGCAGUUGGAACAAUGCUGGUAAAAAUAAGAGGAAUUCCAGACCACCAUCUAUCAGAAGCUCUUCUGCCACAAAACAAAUCAUUGCUACUUAUGAUGACUUUAAAAUUUCCAAAAGUUCCUCUUUAAAUUCAUGCCAAGAAGUUUCAUCCAGACCUACUUCAAGUCACUCCAUUGCUCAAACAACUCAUCCAUUGGUUAAAAUGGUUUCAACAAGAUGUCUUCAGCCAAAGUCUUCAAUACCUAUAUCAUCCGUAUCUCUUUGUUUGCCCGAACCACAAGAAAGCAAACCAUCAAGAAGCAAAAAGAAACUUUAUCAGAAAAAUAUAGCUGUAAAUAGACCACUCCAUGUUCAGAAAAGGCAAUGUUUAUCUCCUUCAUUUACAGCUAAAUGUGAGAAGUGCUCACACAUUGACCAAAAAUAA